GGCGCUGACGGCGUGCGCGCAGCAGCUGCGGUUCCUGAGUCGCGAGCAGGCGGUGUUGACGCCGGAACAGAUGGAGAAGUUGGAGGAGCAGGCGGGGAGGCUGCAGGCCAGGUACGACUCGCUGCAGACGCGCUCCGGCUCCGGCGUCAGGAAGCUGUCGUCGGCGACGGACGAACUCGGCAAGCUACAGCGCGAGCGAGACUCCUUCCUCGCCUGGCAGGGCCAGCGCGAGUCCGAGCUCGCCGAGCUAGAGGGAGCCACGUGCGACCUCGCCGCGCUGCGCAGGCACGUGGGCGACGCGCGCACGCUCAGCGCUGACGUGAUGUCACACAAAGCUGACCUGCGAUUCGUCGCUCUGUCGGCCGACAAGUUCCAAGCGGAGGCGCAGGCCUACCUGUCGCAACUCAACGAUAACCGAAAGGCACACGAGAUGGAGCCACUGGUCGAGGCAGAAGGUCUCGUCCGGUGCAGCGUGGACGAGGCGAGCGAGCGUUACGAUGCGUUGCUGGACAAGUGCCACACGCUGAGUGACCAGCUGUCUACGGUGGAUGACAAGAGCAAGCAGUAUGGGGAGGCGGUGGAGAAGGCUCGCACGUGGCUGGAUGGCGCGGAGAAGAGUGCGCAUGAGCAGCUGACCGCACCGGCAGACGCCGACCCGCGCGCCGUACAAGAUCACCUCGCUCGUCUCAAGGUCGUCAACGCCGACGUGAUGGCGCAGCGGCGUCUGGUAGAGGGCGCCGGCGCGGCGCACGCGGCGUUGGCGGCAGCGCUGGAGCACGGCAGCGAGGAGGAGCAGGGGAAGCUGGCCGCUGCCGUGGAGGAGGUCGAGCGGCGAUACGAGGAGGUAGGUGUUAGAUUACUAGGCACCUUCAAGUAUGGUCGGAUAUCGCCGAUAGGACGAGGUAGCAAGGGUUGUGUGCGGGGUGUCAUGUCAAGGACUGUCGGAUACCAUCGUGGGUUUAGGAAAUUCGUUCCGUAG